CAUUCUCCUCCAUAUUUUUGUACCACCACUGUAAUGUAUCGGUGGCGAUACUUUCAAAACAAACAUUUAAUUAAUCAAUCAAUCAUGUGAUCACCCAUGGGUGCCCCAUCCGCCUAUUUAGUAUGCGGAAAUGGGCCGCCUCUGUUUGGAACAAACGGGACACCGCGGAGCGCAUAUGACACGCACCAACGGUCUCACGUCAUCUCCUCCUCAUGUCGGACUGCAGGAAGACCGCGGACCAGGUGAGGGCUCUCCUUCAGUCCUGCAAAGGAAACGGGCCCCAGCAGACCAGGACCUUUUACGACAGCUGGUCAACGUACGAGCAGGACUUUGCAAUGCUGAAUUACAGGGCUCCAAACUUCGGGGUGGAUUUCCUGGAUGCUACCUUCUGUGGGACUCGUGCUGAUGUUCAGGUUUUGGACGUCGCCUGUGGAUCUGGAUUGGUCACAAAACUGAUGAGUGAACUUGGCUUCAGGAACUUUGUUGGAGUGGAUGGCAGUGAAGGCAUGCUGGAUCUAGCUGCUCAGUCCGGCCUCUAUCAGGACCUCAGACUGGCCUUACUGGGAACAGACCCGCUUCCUGCACAGACUGGGACGUUUGAUGUGGUGAUCCUCGUCGGUGCUCUGAGUCCAGGUUUUAUACCGGUCAGUGUGGUCAGAGAGCUCUGCCAUGCUGCCAAACCAGGAGGGCUGGUGUGCAUGGUGAGAGGGGAACACAGGGGAGCAGAGCACGACAUGUACCAGUGUGACCUGCAGAGGGAGCUGCAGCUGAUGGAGGAGGAGGGGCUGUGGGGUCAGCUGGCAGUCCAACACACGGACAGGUACAUGAACGACACAUUCCCGGACCCAGACCAGCAGGGGGAGCUCUUCCUCAGCGGGACGGCGUACCUGUACAAGAAGAAGGAGUUACAUAACAAAGAGUAAAGUCUUCUGCUGUUAGUCGAGUGUCUCCAGGUUGUUGAAAGAUCAGAAAGAGUUAUGCAAUUGUUGAAUUCUUUUUUUUAAUUUUUUUUAUUAUCAUUUAAUUCUUUCAUCAUUUAAUACAUAUGUCAUAAAGUCUUAACCUUUUUCUGCUUUCAACAUUUCCUGUUAAACUUACACACACUCGUAGUGCCUACGCUCCUGUGAGGUCAAGAUGAGUGUGCCAUACAGUGAAGCAAAACCACAUCGGAGCUCGUAAGCGUAUAGCAUUUCUGUGUAUCAGCUCGGUUCACGGUCUUCGAGCUGAAACCACAUAUGAACUUGGCAUGACCUGCGAACGUGCAUUGUUGAGGUGUUACAGGAUCUUGAAAAAAGCUAUAAAAACGCUGUAGAAAAUCUGAUCGAGGUUCCUUUUUGCUUUGCUAAACGAAUCCACACCACUCUAACUUCUGAAAUCCCAUUUUGGGACUUAGUCUCUGAGCCAAGAUCUUUUAAAACCUCAAGUGUCUACACUCACAGGUUUAGACUUUGGUCU